AUGGCUUCGUAUCCCGAUCCGGAUUUCCAGCUCUUUCCCCAGUGCGAGAUGUGCGGUUCGCGGGCUCCCAUCUCCUCUAACUCGUCCACGUCGCCACCGUCCUCGCAGACCUCCAACUCGGCCGGGGGCGGGGGCGGGGCUGGGGGCGGGAGCGGCCCGGCCUCUGCGUCCUCCUCCUCCUCCUCCUGCUCCUCCUCGUCCUCACGGAGGCUGCACGUCCUGCCCUGUCUCCACGCCUUCUGCCGCCAGUGUCUGGAGGCGCAGAGACACCCGGCGGCGGCGGGCGGGCCGCCCGGGGAGCCCCUCCACUUGCGCUGCCCCAUCUGCGACCAGAAAGUGGUGCUCUUCGAUUCGCCGGGCAUGGACGCGCUGCCCUCCUCCAACUUCCUCCUGAGCAACCUGCUGGACGUGGUGGUGGCGGCUGAGGAGCCGCCGCCGCCGCCCAAGAACAACGGCCGCGGGGUGGUGGUGGUGGGCGGCGGCGGCGGCGGAGGCAACGGAGGCGGAGGAGGCGGCGGCGGCGGCGGCGGCAGCAGCGGCAGCAACAACCGCCAUCACCACCAUCACCAUCACCACCACCACCCCCCAGCAGCAGCAGCCGCAGCCGCCGGCCCACGCGCCCCGUCCGCCCCGUCCUUGUCUUCGUCCCCGUCGUCGGCCUCGCUGAUGCUCAGGCGGCCGCACAGCCAGAGCGAGGCGCGCUGCAGCUCUUGCGACGAGGGCAACCCGGCCAGCUCGCGCUGCCUCGACUGCCAGGAGCACCUGUGCGACAACUGCGUCCGCGCGCACCAGCGGGUGCGCCUCACCAAGGACCACUACAUCGAGCGCUUCGGCAGCCCCGCGGCGGCCAACAGCACGGCGGCGGCCGCGGCGCAGCUCGCACUCAGCCAGACCUUCCCCGGCUCGCCCUUCUCCAUCCUCUCCGUGUUCCCCGAGCGGGUCAGUUACUGCCAGCACCACGACGAUGAGGUGCUGCAUUUCUACUGUGAUACUUGCUCUGUUCCCAUCUGCCGAGAGUGCACCAUGGGGCGCCAUGUUGGCCAUAGCUUCAUCUACCUCCAGGAUGCCCUGCAAGACUCUCGAACCCUCACCAUUCAGCUGCUGGCUGAUGCUCAGCAGGGUCGCCAGGCCAUUCAGCUGAGCAUUGAACAGGCCCAGGCUGUGGCGGAGCAAGUCGAAAUGAAAGCAAAAGUGGUCCAGUCUGAAGUCAAGGCAGUCACAUCGAGGCACAAGAAGGCCCUGGAGGAGAGGGAGUGUGAACUGCUGUGGAAGGUGGAGAAGAUCCGACAGGUCAAGGCCAAGUCUCUGUACCUGCAGGUGGAAAAGCUUCGUCAGAACCUCAACAAGCUAGAUAGCACCAUCAGUGCCGUGCAGCAGGUCCUGGAGGAGGGACGGGCCAUGGACAUCCUGUUGGCCCGUGACCGCAUGUUGGCUCAGGUCCAGGAGCUGAAGAAUGUCCGGAGCCUCCUAAAGCCCCAGGAAGAUGACAGAGUGAUGUUCACCCCCCCAGACCAGGCCCUGUACCUGGCCAUCAAAUCCCUGGGCUUUGUCAGUAGUGGGGCUUUUGCCCCCUUGACCAAGGCCACCGGGGAGGGCCUCAAGCGCGCCCUCCAAGGCAAGGUGGCCUCAUUUACCGUGAUCGGGUAUGACCAUGAUGGGGAACCACGCCUUUCAGGGGGAGACCUGAUGUCUGCGGUGGUGAUGGGGCCUGAUGGGAAUCUGUUUGGUGCUGAUGUCAGCGAUCAGCAGAACGGUACAUACCUGGUCAGCUACCGGCCACAGCUGGAGGGUGAGCACCUAGUCUCUGUUAUGAUCUGCAACCAACACAUCAAGAACAGCCCCUUCAAGGUGCUGGUCAAGUCUGGUCGUAGCUAUGUGGGUAUCGGGCUGCCCGGCCUGGCCUUUGGCAGUGAAGGGGACAAUGACGGGAAGCUGUGCCGCCCUUGGGGGGUCAGCGUGGACAAGGAAGGCUACAUCAUCGUGGCCGACCGCAGCAACAACCGGAUCCAGGUGUUUAAGCCCUGUGGCACCUUCCAUCACAAGUUUGGCGCACUGGGCUCGAGGCCUGGCCAGUUCGACCGCCCUGCUGGAGUGGCUUGCGAUUCCUCCCGGAGAAUUGUGGUGGCUGACAAGGACAAUCAUCGCAUCCAGAUUUUCACAUUUGAAGGGCAAUUCCUCCUCAAAUUUGGGGAGAAAGGCACAAAGAAUGGACAGUUCAACUACCCUUGGGAUGUGGCAGUGAAUUCGGAAGGCAAGAUUCUAGUCUCUGAUACACGCAACCACCGGGUCCAGCUGUUUGGGCCUGAUGGGGCCUUCCUGAACAAGUACGGCUUUGAAGGGGCCCUCUGGAAGCACUUUGAUUCCCCCCGGGGUGUGACCUUCAACCACGAAGGCCAUCUGGUGGUGACUGACUUCAACAACCACCGUUUGCUAGUCAUCCACCCAGACUGCCAGUCUGCUCGCUUCCUGGGCUCAGAGGGCACAGGCAAUGGGCAGUUCCUGCGCCCUCAAGGGGUCGCAGUGGACCAAGAAGGACGCAUCAUAGUUGCCGAUUCCAGGAAUCAUCGUGUGCAGAUAUUUGAAUCCAACGGCAGUUUCAUAUGCAAAUUUGGUGCUCAGGGAAGUGGCUUUGGCCAAAUGGACCGGCCCUCCGGCAUCGCUGUCACUCCAGAUGGCAUGAUCGUCGUGGUUGAUUUUGGAAACAAUCGAAUCCUCAUCUUUUAA